AUACCUUUUCUUUUCACUUCAUAAGUAAUAGUAUAACAAAAUGGCUACUACUUCAUCUACAGUUUCCUAUAGAGGAGAAGGUUCUGAAUCUACUGAAACUAAAGUUGGUCCACGUAAGAAUCUUUCAACCAUCGACACUUAUGGUAAAAAAUUUAAUGUUCCUGAUUACACCAUUAAGGACAUUCUUUCUGCUAUUCCAAAGCAUUGUUACGAAAGAUCUUUAGUUCGUUCUCUUGGUUAUGUUGCUAGAGAUAUCAUUGCCAUGGUAACCAUUGGUUACAUUGGUAGUACCGUUAUCCCAAAGGUUCAAAUUCAAGAUCAUGAACAAAUCGCAUACGCUAUUCGCGGUGCCUUAUGGUUUGGUUAUUCUUAUCUUAUUGGUCUUUUUGGUUUCGGUUUAUGGAUUUUGGCCCAUGAAUGUGGUCAUGGUGCCUUUUCAGAUUACCAAAACAUCAAUGACUUUAUUGGUUGGGUACUUCAUUCUUAUUUGAUUGUACCAUACUUUUCUUGGAAAUUUUCACAUGCUAAACAUCACAAGGCCACCGGUCACAUGACCAAGGAUAUGGUUUUCAUUCCAUAUACUAAGGAAGAAUUUGUUGAAAUGAAAGGUGCUUCUAAAAUUUCUGAAGUUAUGGAAGAUUCUCCAAUUUGGUCUCUUUCUGUUUUAAUUUUCCAACAAUUGGGUGGUUUACAAUUAUAUUUAGCUUCUAAUGCUACUGGUCAAGUUUAUCCUGGUACAAACUUUGUUUCUAGAUCUCAUUAUGCUCCAUCUUCUCCUGUUUUUGACAAGAAUCAAUGGUGGUAUAUUGUUUUAUCUGACAUUGGUAUUAUUUUAACUUUUACUGGUGUUUACCAAUGGUACAAGAUCUUUGGAUUCCAUGCUAUGUUGGUUAACUGGUUCUUACCAUGGUGUUGGGUUAACCAUUGGCUUGUGUUUGUUACCUUUUUGCAACACACUGACCCUACCAUGCCUCAUUACAAGGACUCUGAAUGGACUUUUGCCCGUGGUGCUGCUGCUACUAUUGAUAGAGAUUAUGGAUUCAUUGGUCAACAUAUUUUCCAUGAUAUCAUUGAAACUCAUGUUUUACAUCAUUAUGUUUCUAGAAUUCCAUUUUACAAUGCUAGAGAAGCUUCUGCUGCCAUUAGAAAGGUUAUGGGUGAACAUUAUAGAUAUGAAGGUGAAAACAUGUGGCUUUCGCUCUGGAAGUGUAUGAGAAUGUGCCAAUUUGUUGAUGAUGAUAAGGAAGACUCCAAGGGUGUUAUGAUGUUUAGAAACGUCAAUGGAGUUGGUCCAGUUAAGCCAAAGGAUUAAAUUAUUUAAUAUAGAAGUUUUAUCGUUUAAUUAAACAAUUUU